GCGGGGGGGGCGCGCCGGCGCAGCCCGAGCCUCCCCGCAGCGCCGCCGCUCUCGGCCGGGGCGGAGCGGGGCAGGGCCGGGAGGGGACCCCGGGAGGCGACCCCGGGAGGCGGCGGGGGCCGCUGGGGGCCCGGCGGGGUCCCGGCUCCGGCCAUGCCCAAGCUGCUGCCGGCACAGGAGGCGGCGCGGAUCUACCACACCAACUACGUGCGGAACGCCAGGGCCAUGGGCGUGCUGUGGGCCCUCUUCACCCUCUGCUUCGCCAUCCUGAUGGUGGUGACCUUCAUCCAGCCCUACUGGAUCGGCGACAGCAUCGACACGCCGCAGGCCGGUUACUUCGGCCUCUUCUCCUACUGCAUCGGCAACGCGCUCACCGGAGAGCUCAUCUGCAAGGGCAGCCCCCUGGAUUUCGGCACCAUCCCCUCCAGUGCCUUCAAGACGGCGAUGUUCUUCGUGGGCAUCUCCACCUUCCUCAUCAUCGGCUCCAUCCUCUGCUUCAGCCUCUUCUUCUUCUGCAACGCGGCCACCGUCUACAAAGUCUGCGCCUGGAUGCAGCUGGCGGCAGCUACGGGGCUGAUGAUCGGCUGCCUGAUUUACCCCGACGGCUGGGACUCGAGCGAGGUGAGGCGCAUGUGCGGGGACAAGACGGACAAGUACACGCUGGGCGCCUGCACCGUGCGCUGGGCGUACAUCCUCUGCAUCAUCGGCAUCCUCGACGCGCUCAUCCUCUCCUUCCUGGCCUUCGUGCUGGGCAACCGGCAGGACAACCUCCUCCCGUCCGAUUUUAAAGUAGAGAGCAAAGAGGAGGGCAACGACUGACAGCCGAGCACCGCGGACUCCCAGAACUGCUCCGGUCAGCUUCGAGAGACGUAGCCCUUUGAAAAUGACUUUUCCAGGAGCUCUACAUCUGCCCCCACCAUUUUCUGGGUUUUCUACGAUUGCUCUUUUCACGUAACGGGCCGCUGUCGGCUCUCACGGGGUUCGAUGGGAAGAGCCCUGUUGGAGAUGGCUUUUUGAGCCCAUCAGCAGAGCCAGGGGAAGAGAGGGAGGAACAACAGGGAGACGAUUUGCUGCUCCUUGGGGUUUGUAAACCUUCUUUCAAGGAAAUGACUUCUGAAUAAAAAGGUAGCGUUUUGGAUUUCGUGCUGGUCUCCUUGAGACAAGGAAAAGCCUUCACUGUGUUGCACAUUUCCCCUGCGACCUUUUCUUUUGGAAAAUCCCGUGACAGCCAACUCCUCGCAGAGCCCCGAAUCGGCUUCUCGCGCCACCUUUAGACCCCAGCAGGGAAAAGCACAGCACGGCUUGCACCCAAUUCAUCCCAUUUAGCCCUAAUUCCACAUCCCAUCCAGCAGCCCCCACCCCACAGCCUUCACCUGCGCAGGGCAGCACGCCAUCCCGCCCAGCCCCAGGACCUCACCCUCACCUGGUCAGAAGGCAGCACCACGCAAGCCGGGGUACAUUUUUCAGUCCUGCUUGCUGGAAUUUGCUGGUUCCUGCAGCAGUUUGGGUCUCACAGCCACUUUCCAGCUCACCCUAAGGAAGCGGUUGGGAAGGUUUUAAGAGACCUUGCUAGGGAGGAGAGCAGAGAUGAGGCUGUGUGUGUGGCAGAAUUAAAACCAGCAGCUUUUAGAAUGGCAGAACCGCAGCCGUCGCCCUGCUAUCGGCUUCUUCCCCCUUUAAAACUGGGCUGCAAGUCCAUCAAAGAUCUUUACCGACACCAUCAAACAGUCUCGUGCCAGAGAAUCAAAACCCGGUGCUAACUAGCAAAGAAAAUCGAACCAAAGGGCCACAAGCUGAGGAAAAACAGACCUACAGAGGGAACAUGAGGAGUAGGGCUCAGUUAUUAAAUAAUCUGUUUAUUGUAUGGCUUUCACAAAGAAAAAAGACAAAGCACCCAAGUAGAAAGAAUAAAAAUGUAUUUUCCUUCAGGUUUUAGACUGACACAGCAAGUACAAAUCCUUUAGUGUGAGCACUUUACGGCAAUUUGGAAAUUUAACAAACCCCAAGUGAACGAGCACACGGUACGAGACGGAAUCCCCACAGCUGCUUCUGCAGGUCUUCAACUCACGAGCUGGCUCCAGCCUUGGCUCCCACGGUAAAAAA